CAUUCAUUCCUCUUUCCCAAUUCACUACCAAAAUACAUUACUUCUCUUUCUAAAUAUUUCACCUAUUGCUACAUUAGUGAAAGUUCCCAACUUUCACUAGUAGCAUUUUCUCUAAACCCAUCCAACCCGGAUCCGAAUCCGAACCCGUAUCCAUGGGCAGCCUACAGAACCAGAAACCCGACAACGGCUUCUCCGGAACCAUGAAGCCACUUGACCCGGAAGAGUUCCGUAGGCAGGGCCAUUUGGUCAUCGACUUUCUCGCUGACUACUACAAGAACGUCGAGAAAUAUCCGGUUCGGAGCCAGGUCGAACCGGGUUAUCUCAAGAAACGGAUGCCCGAUUCGGCUCCUCACGACCCGGAACCCAUUGAGGAAAUCCUUCGUGAUGUGCAGAAGGAUAUCGUCCCCGGUAUUACUCACUGGCAGAGCCCUAACUACUUUGCUUACUUCCCUUCCAGCGGAAGUAUCGCUGGUUUUCUCGGUGAAGUUUUGAGCACCGGUUUCAACAUCGUUGGAUUCAACUGGAUGUCGUCACCCGCCGCCACUGAGCUCGAGAGCAUCGUCAUGGAUUGGCUCGGCAAAAUGCUCGACCUCCCAUCGGAGUUUCUAUUCUCCGGCGGAGGCGGCGGCGUUCUCCAGGGAACCACCUGCGAGGCCAUACUCUGCACUCUCGUCGCCGCUAGGGACCAGAUGCUGAAGAAGAUCGGGAGGGAGAAUAUUAACAAGCUUGUCGUGUACGGUUCCGACCAAACCCACUCCGCCCUUCAGAAGGCGGCGCAGAUUGCCGGUAUCAACCCUCAAAACUUCCGCGCCGUCGCCACCACUAAGGCCGACGCCUUCGGUCUCACGGCGGAGGCGUUCCGUGAAACUAUCGAAUCCGAUAUCGCAUCCGGGCUUUUCCCGCUCUUCCUGUGCGCCACCAUCGGUACGACGUCGUCCACCGCCGUGGAUCCUCUGAGCCCGCUGUGCGCGGUGGCGGAGGAGUACGGGAUAUGGGUGCACGUGGACGCUGCAUACGCUGGAAGCGCGUGCAUUCUACCAGAGCACCGUCAUUUCCUAAACGGAGUGGAGAACGCGCACUCGUUCAGCUUCAACGCGCACAAAUGGUUCCUAACGACGUUAGAUUGCUGCUGCAUGUGGGUGAAAGACCCAAGCGCGUUGGUGAAAGCACUGUCGACAUACCCAGAAUAUCUAAGGAACAAAGCCUCCGAGUCAAAGCAGGUCGUUGACUACAAGGACUGGCAGAUCACUCUCAGCCGUCGAUUCAGAUCUCUGAAACUGUGGAUGGUACUCCGUAGCUACGGUGUGGCCAACCUCAGGAAAUUCCUCCGCAGCCACAUCAAAAUGGCUAAGAACUUCGAAGGCCUGAUCGGGAUGGACAAGCGUUUCGAGGUUGUGGUCCCCAGAAACUUCGCCACCGUCUGCUUCCGCAUAUCGCCCCUGGAGUUCAGCGGGAACCAUCAGAUCGUAUCAAAGGAAGACGCGGCGAAUAACUUCAACGCAAAAUUGCUGGAAACAAUAAACGAAUCGGGUAAGAUUUACAUGACACACGCGAUCAUAGGUGGAGAGUACGUGAUGAGAUUCGCAGUCGGGGCAACCCUAACAGAAAACAGGCAUGUUAUUUUGGCCUGGAAAGUUGUUCAAGAACAUGCCAAUGCUCUGCUCACCAGUUCCUGAUUGAUUCGCAUUGAAGAUGAAAACAAAUGGUCUGCCUGUUUUUUCUUUUUCCUUUUUUGUUUAGUUUUUAUUUAUUUUGUGAAAUUUAAUAAUAAGUGUCAAUUGUUAAGUUUAUUGAUGUUUUGUCUUUUAUUUUUAGUGUAUAGAUUAUAUGUUCCUCUAUGUAAUGUUUCCAAUCGGGAGAAAUAAAUGAAUAUUAUUUCACCUCUUUAAAAUUAAA